UAUAAUAUUACGAUCUGUUACGACGUUUUUGAAUUUAUUAGUGCAGAAGUGUAAAAUGUCAGAAGAAGACAGGAAUAGAGGGAUGUUUAAGACAGCAGGAGAACCAGAAGAAGAAGAUGCAAAUAGCAAAGUCACAAAAGGCCUAUAUGUCGACUCUCCUGUAGGUGACAUCGUGACCAGCUUCGAGCCAUUGAUGAAUGGGGGCAGUGGAAAGGGAAACAAGGGUUUUAACCCAGGCAUAACAAAUCAACAGAAUACUAGGCUGAAAGAGACUGGGACUGCGAAAAAUAUUUCGUAUUCAGAAGAAGAAACAAUUUCAAACAUUUCAGAACAAGAUCAUAAAGACAUUGAAAAAAAUCACAAUGAAUUAGGUUUUGAACAAAACAAAUUUGGAUUGGUGGAAAGAAAUAAAAUAAAUUUCAAUAAAGUUCUGUUUUGUGAGGAGGAUAUGGAAUCAUUAUUAUGUUUCAGUUCUAAAAAUUCAGUCUCGGAUCAACACCAAGAUUUAUUCAGGAUUUCAAUUUCGGAUAGAUUUUUUUCACUCAAAUCAGUCACUUCUGUGUCUGUGGUACCUACUAAAUACUAUGGCAUAGGGGUGGAUAUGCGAAGCAGUACUAAUACGAAUAAACAUUGUGUAAAACAUAGGUUUUUUUUACUCCCUCUAAAUGAACAAUAUUUCAAAGUCCUUAUAAAAUUAAUUGGUUUACGAUUUUGGACUAAAGUUAUACCAAGUUGUGGAGUAUUUUAUAUAAUUGAUUCAAGAACUAUUGAACAAAACUGGAAUAUUUGGGGGGUAUUUAAGCAGAAAGGACUGCUGUUAAAAUGGGCAAUCUUUGCGUAUUAUAAUGAUGAAAAUUCAGAUAUGUCUGAAAAGGUAGACAGCCCUGACUUUUCUGGACUGGAUUUACUAAAAUUUAAUGGAGAGAAUUGUGAAUUUAAUAAUGUGAAGAAUAUUGUAAAUAUGAGAGGGAAAAGUGAGAACAAUGAGCAAUCGAUUUAUGAAGAAAAGUCAUUUGUAUCAAAUGAAACUGAAAAUAAUGAAAAAAUUUCAAAAUCUUAUUGUAAAAAUUUUGCUGCUACAAAGGAACAACAGAGAUGUGGCAUUCCCAAAAAGUCAAAGAAGGUCGCAGGAAGACAGAGACUAACCAGGAUAUCAAAGCACGCAAAGAAGUCACGUAAAAGUCGUAUUAGGUUGGUGAGAAAGUAUUUGCAAAGCUGUACACAAAAUGACAGUGUCCUCGGCACUGUUGUGUAUAAUUAUACGGACAUACCGGAAACGGACAAUUUUAUGUUUCCUACGAAUAACCAAGAUUCAAACAGAAGAAGUAGACAAGAACAUGGGCAACCGCAACGAUCAUCAGCGCAACAACAUAGCACACUGGAAUCUGAUACUCCGGGAAGGGUGUCAGAUGAUGUCAGAGAUCCACCGGGACAACAGAGUAUAUAUAUCCCCCCUGGAGACAACAGACUUGAACAAUAUCGAUUAUCAACAUUUGAGCAUUAUCCAAUUUCUUCUCCAACUACGAGAAAAUCUCUGGCAAAAGCAGGAUUUUACUUCACCGGAUUUUUCGAUCGGGUGAAAUGUUUUGCUUGUGCACGAACAGUGGAAAGAUGGAAUAAUACAGACAUUCCUUCUGAUGUGAGAUGGCAUAAGGAAAGUUGUCCAUUCCCAAGAGGAGAAGAUUGUGGAAAUGUUCCCAUCAGAAGUUUAUUCGGUGGAAUCAAUAUUGGUGGUGCUUCAGCACAAUGGAAUAGCAGACAAAACGAACAAGUCUUGGAGCAGCGGGAUCCUAUCACAGGAGCAAUCACAAGAGUUGUGAGAUUUCCAGCUGAUUUGCCAGAAAGAGUGAGACAAACAGGCGGUAGCUUUCGGAUUGGGCCGAACAACACGGUCCAUAUUCAAAAUGGUCCUGGAACAACUCGAGGACGGCUACCCGGUGUUCAACAAGCGCCUAUGCCGCCCAAUCAAUGGAGAAUGGCAAAUGUUAUUUCAUCUGAUCACAGAAGAUUUUUAACUAAUUUACACUUAAACAGAGAACUCGACAGCACUGAUGGAAAACGAAACAUAUGGAAUUCUAUGGAAACACUAAAAGGCUGCAACGUUGAUAAAACGAUCAUCUAUGAUAGAUUGAAAAUACAAGAAAAAGGAAAUGAAAAAAAAGAUAUGGUCCCUCCCCCUCUGAACCCAAAUAAUGGUUCUGUAGCCCAGCCCAACAUUGCCCCUGCACCAGGCAUCCGUGGUUAUCUGGAAAGGUACGAGACAUACUUUGAUAUACCAAUCUACAAGAGAUGUCCUUCUCUACAUUUGGAGCAAUUGGCCAGGAUUGGUUUCAAAUUCAUUAAACCAGACCCCGGGCAGGCAGGACGCAUUAUAUGCACAGAUUGUGGAAAACUACAUUCAUUCACAGACAUUAUACGCAGAUCUCCAAAAAACUUCGUUUGGCAUGAAAAUGGUUGCUCGUUCGAGAACAAACGUUUUCCUUGUGAUCAUUGUGAGAACUUAAACGUGCACGAACAAGAUUGGGAAUGGUGCAACAAGUGUGGACAAGAUAUCCUACCGGUCAAAGCUUUCUCAGAAUUGGAGCAACAUCUUCAAAUGAUCCCUGAGCAGCAAGCGCAACAAAACCACGCCUUCAUAUCUUGCUUGGUUUGCAACCAGGAUGUUGAUUCACGACAGAAUGUAGAUACCUGCACUGUAUGCGGCGGUCCUUUAUGCAUCUGCUACGGUUACCACAACCAUUAGGAAGGAUAUGCC